AUGCUCUCCCGCUGGCACCGCACGCUGACAUUCACACUCACCCAGCUCACGCUCGCCCGUCCUCCAGCUCGCUGCGUCCGCCGACGCCGCAUCCUGCUCCCGCACCCUCGCCCUCUCCUCGCCCGGCCUGACUCCAUCUCCUGCUCGAGCCAGCUCAGACGGCCCCCUCACAGCGCCCGUCCGCUCCCUGCACGAACGCAUGAAACUCCGACCCUGCUAUGCUCGAACAGUCCUACAGCUAGCGAGAUAGCAGGGCUCACGAGCUCGUUCGUACGCUGGGGACACUCCCGCCGGCUUUGCGAUCCGCCUCUGACGCUCUCGUGCGGGAACGGAACCGCGAGAAGAGCACAAGAAAAAAACUUCAUCCCAAACCUGUUGGCGCUGGACGAUAUAGGUACGUUAUUCCUACCGCAACGCGAGGAUACAGGGAACGCAUCUCUCCAAGGUGGACGCUCUGCUGGUGAUGCUCUCGACCACGCCGUUGGCCACCAAACAGACAAGCCCUUUCACCUUCGACAAGACACCCCCAAUAUAAACAACCACCCACCCUCUAUUUUCAUACGAACAGCUACGAUGCUAGCAAACAACACCUCCAUUGACCUGCGAUUCCAAGCAGGCUCAAUGCCAACUUCCCUCGCAGACGCCAUAGACUCCGACUCCCGCUCCAGCAGCCUCUCAGACAUCGACGAAACCCUCUCCCACGGCCAGCUAGACGACCUCUCUCCACGUCCUUCCAAGUUUGCUUCCGAAAUCGACUCAGAGGCAGAGACAGAGCGGAUAGAAGACUCGCCGAACCACAUUCGCGAUCGGGACAAGGCUAGCAUCGUCCUCAGCGGAGUCGGAGGCGUCUUCGCCAGUCCCAGCAAACUGGCACAGUCCACAACAUACGACGAGCUCAACGAUGAUGAAGAAGAUGAAGAAGACGAAGCAGAAGACACAGAGGCGUCGCCUAGUAAGCCGGGACGAUCAGUGAAGACGAACGGCAACGGCAAUGCCAGUGGCAACGCCUUCGUCGAGAAGGAAGUCGAGUUUAGAACUUCUAAGCUAUUAGACUCGCACUCGACGUCGCAGGAGACGCUAAAUUUGAUCAAGAAGCGCAAGAGAAUGAACUCGGUUCAUGACCUGGCGGCUAUGGCUCGAGAUGAUGACGAUGAAGAACCUGCGCGUAAGCGCCGUGGGUCAAUCGCCAUUGAACCCUCGGCCGACGACGAGUCGAUAUAUCCCAACGCCCGCCAGACGCCAGGCGAAGACGAAGUUGAGCCCGACGUCGAACCUGAAGCUGAGGCCGAAGUUGACGCUGAAGUUGACGACGAGAUGGACAAGUCAAAAUUGAAUCGCAACGAGACCUCCAAACCUCCUAGUCCCAGCCCGGUAUCGGACGAGACAUAUCUUUCCCCAUCGACUAAGCGAGGUAAGAAAGGGAAACGGGACAAGAGACGGGGUAAGAAGGGGAAUAACGAUACAUACGAAGACUCGACUCCCGGCACUGGGUCUGUCGUGGAGAGUAAUGGCAUCGACGCCGUGGACGACCAGGGGGUAGACGACACACUGGUCGAUGCUGGAGAUGAUCCAGAGGCGACGGUGAAGAUGGAAGAAUUGACCAAGAAGACCACAGCAUUGGAUCUAUUAUCGGAUCUAGAACGACAUUUCGCGACACUGCGCGACAGAAUAUACGAUGAACGAAUAUCAAACAUCAACAAAGAACUCGCCCAACUCUCCUCUCCGACACCCACCCAUCCCGAAUUCCUCCGCCAAUCCGCCAUAAUCCAAUCCCACAUCGCAGCCAAAAUCCACCACGAAAAAGCCCUACACGCCUACAAACUGCAAGCACUCUGCGUCAAAUCCCGCGCCGAGCGAGCCCAAUGCAACUCAUCCUACUACCAAACCGUGCGCGAGAUCCGCGAGUCCGCCCUCGACGCCGUCUCCGAACAUCAAUAUAAAGUCCAGCACGACAGGUUUGGCGGCAUCGGCAUCAACAGUCCCGGCGCCGGUAUUGGUUCGGGCACUUAUACCGGCUUAGGCGGACCAGGAACAGGCAUUUUAGCCGACUCCACCUCCGACGCAGUGACCGAAUACACCAUCCCCUUCCCUACCCGUCUAAGUAAACAGAUCGCACACCAGGCAGCGUAUAAUCGAGAAGUUGCAGUGUUAGCUGGGUUUGCGAAAUAUGUUGGGUUCCCUGCUGCGCCGUCGUUGAAGGCGUCGAGAGGCCAGGAGAUGGAAGAAGAUCUCGAGAAGAUGGGCAUACGCGUGCGGCGAUAG